ACACACACACACACACACACACACACACACACACACACACACACACACACACGCACACGCACACGCACACACAAACACUCCAGUGUGGCCGGGGGCGGGGCUGUGGAGGAGAUGGACAGGCAGGCACAUCUUGUCCAUCAGAGGGCGGGAUUGUAGCGGCUCGAUGAGCAGCGCGUGGCUGGUAUUGUGAUGAGCAGCAGGUAGACGAGGCUUGAACAUUUUAACUGGGAUCCUGCGGCUCGGAGGUUUUGUUCCGGAGCGGUGCAACCUCCUCCAACAUCAUACCGAUCAAAUCUGUUCAUUUUCAAACAUUGUUUUAUCGUAUCCACGGCAUUGUCCAUGCUUUUUCUUUCAAACAGAUUUGACAAAACGGAAUAUUGAACAUUGACUGCAAAGUGCGCCUUGUUACUACAAAAGUGCAAAGCUAUUUCGCCCGCGGAAACAUCUACCAAAUGGGACGCGUCGCGAUGGGAUUUGAGUUACAGAACACGUAACCACCCGAAGUUGCAUCAAAUCCUCCAUUCCGAAGGUUAUUUUUGAAACUUGAAAAGCCAUCUCCAACCGCUGGGAUGUUGUGAGCGACCCGGGGCUGCGGACAGAAGGACUGGGAACGCGGCGGCAGCAGGAAGAGUGAAGAGGGGCUACGGAGGGAUUAUGGCUCUCGCCACGUUUUCUCUCAGCCUUGUAACGCUCGCGCUGACAAACUUGCACCUGUCGCGAGCCAACAACCGGCAUGCGGUGUACUGGAACAGCUCGAACCUACACCUGCGGAGGGAGGGCUACACGGUGGAGGUGAGCGUCAACGACUACCUGGACAUCUACUGCCCACACUAUAACACCAGCAUCCAGCGGGGGGCGCCAGAGCGCACCAUGGCCGAGCAGUACGUGCUCUACAUGGUCAGCUACCGCGGCUACCGCACCUGCGACCCGCAGCUGGGCUUCAAGCGGUGGGAAUGCAACCGGCCGCAUGCGCCCCACGCGCCCAUCAAGUUCUCCGAGAAGUUUCAGCGCUACAGCGCCUUCUCGCUGGGCUACGAGUUCAACGUGGGCCACGAUUACUACUACAUCUCCACGCCCACCCAUCACCACGGCCACAGCUGCCUGAGACUGAGGGUCUACGUCUGCUGCUCGACAGAUGAGUUUAACCCAGAGGUCCCCAAACUGGAGAAGAGUGUCAGUGGCAGCAGUCCGUCGCGCGACCGCCUCCUCAUCACCCUUGCCGCGCUGCUCGCCUCCUCCAUGCUGUUGUCGUAGCGACCGGAAGACGCAGGACCAGCAGUCUCUCUCUCUCUCUCGUCUCUGUCUCUGUCUCUGUCUCUGUCUCUCUCUCUCUCUCUCUCUCUCUCUCUCUCUCUCUCUCUCUCUCGCUCACUGUCGAUCUGUUUCUGACUCUCUCUCUCUCUCUCUCUCUCUCUCUCUCUCUCUCUCUCUCUCUCUCUCUCUCUCCUCUCUCUCUCUCUCUCUCUCUCUCUCUCUCUCUCUCUCCAGCCUUGACGUGACUCGUCUCCAAGGCUUGUCCUUUGGAGUUUUUCAAUGACAGUGAGUUUGUGUCAAACCCGAAAACUCAACAGAGAGAAAGUGACGACAACAAAAACAACCACGACUAAAUUGGAACACAAUCAAAAUAAAUUUGAAUCUGGACAUAAUCUGCUCAACUGCUACAAAGAGGCCUUUUUUUACAAUUAUCCUAACACAAGACAAUUUAUGUGCAUUUUGUUGUUGGACAUGACGACUGUAAGAAUAGCAUAGCCUUUCAUCUAUAGGUGUAUUCAACACAACACGGUGAACAAGGACUGAUACUUACUAGAUGAUAUUGAUUGAUAUGACAGAGCUGCUGCUUGGCGAGACAGCCGCUGUCUAGGCUGGGGAGCCAGUCGAUUUGUAAAAAGAAUUAGGCUAAAAUGGGGGCUUCCCGAACUCGAAUUUGAGCAAUUCCGACUUUUUGCCUCGUCUUCAUCUGAAGAUAUAUGCUUAUUUGGGAACUGCGAGUUCCCAGACAUUGACUAGCGACAAGGGACAGAAGAAUGCGAAAAUUGGAAAAACUGACUUCAUGGUGGGGGCCUCAUGACUCGUGACAGAGCUCUGGAAACAAUGAACGAAGUCCGAUGAUUGAUUUCGAGAUCCAAUGUUUUUUUUCGCUGUGAUCCAGUAAAAAAAAAAAGAAGGAAUGACAUAAAAGGGACAAGGUGAAGCGUGAUGCUGGCGCGACUCUGUUGGGUAUUCCUGUAGUCCCACACUGGGGUGAACUGCUGCCAUUGUCCAGGAAGAUGAUGAAUGUUUUCAGUGCGAGGGGGGAAUUGCUCUUAUAGCGAUACUAGGUGUCUCCUAGGAAAUGGAAAGACUUUUUUUUUUUCUUUUUUUCACUGGGCCUUUAAAGAAUCCAUUUUCACCAGACAUAAAGACUUACCCUGAAUUUAGGGUAUGCACUGUCAAAGGAAGUUUACCAGAUAUUUUUCUCUUAUAUUCAUUAAGAGUGCCCUCCUAACAACUAGUCCAACGUCUGUACUUCCUGCCUUCACUUUGUACUUAUAGAAAAGUACAGACUCUGAACUAACCAUUUCGUUGCUACUUAGCGAUGGCAGAUCUGUCGAUGCAUUUAGCACUCUGACGUUUUCUUUCCCUUUCUCACAAGACGUCAGAUCUCUCCCCUAGCAGCAAUCAACAGAGUAUCUCCUAAUUCCACUCAUUUACAGUUUUAAAAAUACCUUGUCAUGCAGCGCAGGAUAAUCUGUUUCCUGCACAACGUUUGGUCCAUUUGUUUAACACGUCUAAGAGGCCUGCAGUCAAUCAGCGCUGAUUGGCUAUUACAGUCGUUACAGUCACCAUGGAAACUACCCCAUACAGUCGCCGCCGUGCGACAGGUGCCUGAGGAGAACUUUGUGCUUUGAGUUUCGCAAAGCAACGCUGCCGCUAUUUUGUUAAAAACACAAGUGAAUGUGCAAAUAAACAAACAAAAAAAACAACCUUUUUGUACUGUAACAUAAGAUAUGUAGGAUGGCGUUAUUGAAAUGACAAUGUUUUGUUUUCAGUAUUUAUUUAUUUCUGAUUUAUUUUAACAAUGGUCUAAUUGAUAUACCUAAUUUAUUAGUAUAUACAGUUUAGGCAUUUGCUCAUCAAGCUAGUUGUGCCAAAAUUAUGAUUUAUCUUCUUAUUGUGUAUUUUUUUUAUUUAAAGACAUUUGCUUGUGUACGAGACAAGCAGACCGACCAGAUCUUUAUCAGUUACUAUUGGCCACACAAACGACAAGUGAACAACAUAAACUCAGUAACUUCAUGCUGAGGUAACAGAGGGACUUUGGGAUGUCGUGCACCAACUGAAAGUGUCUGAGGUCAUUGAGGGAAGGCAGUUUCGUUUAUCAAGAGCUAUAUGUCCAGGAUUUGCAGUGAAAUAUAAAGCUCUCAUGUUGUAAUGUAUAUUUAUAAUACAUGCCUGUCAUGGAAUGUGCAAAUGCACCCGAUGCGUGUGCGUGUGUGUGUGUGUGUGUGUGUGUGUGUGUGUGUGUGUGUGUGUGUGUGUGUGUGUGUGUGUGUGUGUGUGUGUGUGUGUGUGUGUGUGUGUGUGUAAAA